GUGGAGGAUGGGGGGAGGAUGGGGGAGACAGUCUGAGCUGGGAGGAGUUUGAAGUCACUGACUCCAGCUUCUCUCUCUCCACCUCACGGCUACAACAACCAGGCUGCAGCCGGAGGAGAGUGCGCGUCGCGGGGAUGAAUGAAAACUUGGAAACGCGUCGUCUUUACGCGUCGCUCCGGCUCAGGUCUGGACCAUGAACGCAGCAGCAGCUCGGUGUGCGGGGCUCAGACCCGCAGCCACGUCCCGCAACUUCUCCUGGAGCCUGGAGGAGCUGAGAUGAGACUGAAGCGUUUUCUUUUCCUCUCCACAAACUGAAGAAGGAACGAGAGCCCCGUCUGUGCAUCGAAUCCUCUUGUCAACAAACAAACCCCUGCAGGACGUAGGUUUGAUCUCCAGGUGAUCACCAUGUCUCUGUGGAUCAUCCUUCCUGUCAGCCUGCCUGUCUUCACCAUCACUGGGAUAUGGCUUGUAUACACAAUGGCCCUUUACAACCAGCAUGUCUGCCCGGUGCACAACUGGCUUUAUAACGAGUCCUGUGAGGAGCCGCUUGUGUUACAGAGGGACCCUGUUCUGUGCUGCACCCUGGACAACAUUCCGCUCAUCAGUAAAUGUGGAACGCUGCCACCUGAAAGCUGCUUUUUCAGCCUCAUCUGCAGCACCGGCUCCUUCAUGGCGAUGCUGAUCGGCCUCCUGCGUUACGCUCACGUGAUCGAGAGACACCAGAACUGUGUCCUCAACAUGGCCGGCCUCUCCACCGGAUGGAUCUGUGCCGCUGGGCUCAUCAUGGUGGGAAACUUCCAGAUGAUGAUGAUUUAUGGGUCAUCACCGUGGCAACUGGAGACGGAGGGUCUCAGUGGAGGUAGCGUGGAGCUGAAGGAGAAAAUCUGCAGUGCCGCUACCUGCGCGUAA